UGUUUCCCAUAUCUGUUACCCAGUGGAGUGGCAUCCAAAGCAGUAGUGGUUCAGCCGACACCAAGAAUUCAAUUUCAGUGGCAAAAUGGGUUUACAGUGUUGUUUGGGCGGGACGGCCUUACACACUCUCAAGCUUGCAGCUAUUCCUUCUUCUUCAACUUCAUCUUCUUCUUCUUCUUCUUGUCGCUUCGUUUUCGGGCCAUUAUCCCGAGCCUUCACUUCUCGCUUCCUCUCCCGCCAUAACCGCUCUCAAAGACCUCCAUUUCUUCUACCCCUCAGAGCUCUUUCCGUCUCCGCCGCUCCACCCACGAAAACUUCUCCAGACGAAAAAGUUGCGAAACCUCAAUGGAAAGCGGCGAUUGAUUUCAAGUGGAUUACGGAUAACAAAGACGCUGUUGCUGCCAACGUCAGGAACAGGAAUUCCAAUGCUAAUUUGGAGCUCGUACUUGAGCUUUAUGAGAAAAUGCUCGAUCUUCAGAAGGAGGUUGAGCGGCUUCGCAAAGAAAGGAAUGCGGUGGCAAACAAGAUGAAAGGGAAGCUUGAGCCGUCGGAGCGUCAGAAACUCAUAGAAGAAGGGAAGAAUCUGAAAGAAGAGCUUCUGAGUUUGGAAGAAGACCUGCAGCAGGAAGCACAAUGCAUACCAAAUAUAACUCAUCCAGAUGUUCCCAUAGGUGGGGAGGAAUGUGCAAUUACGAGAAAGACGGUUGGUAGCCCAUGUAAAUUUAGCUUCCCUGUAAAGGAUCACCUACAACUUGGGAAAGAGCUGGAUCUUUUUGAUUUUGAUGCAGCCUCAGAGGUCAGCGGAUCAAAAUUCUACUAUUUGAAGAACGAAGCAGUUAUGUUGGAGAUGGCACUUGUCAACUGGACAUUAUCACAAGUUAUAAAAAAUGGCUUUACACCUUUAACAACACCAGAACUUGUUAGGUCCUCGGUUGUUGAAAAAUGUGGGUUUCAACCCCGUGGAGAUAACACACAGGUUUAUUCUAUUGAGGGUAGUGACCAGUGUCUUAUAGGCACUGCAGAGAUUCCAGUUGGGGGAAUUCAUAUGGACUCUAUUCUUUCUGAAUCAUCGUUACCUUUGAAGUAUGUGGCAUUCUCUCAUUGCUUCCGAACUGAAGCAGGUGCUGCUGGCACAGCAACAAGGGGUCUGUAUCGAGUCCACCAGUUCAGCAAGGUGGAGAUGUUUAUUUUAUGCCGACCAGAUGAGAGCGAUUUUUAUCAUGAGGAGCUCAUUAGGAUUGAAGAAGACCUGUUUUCAUCAUUGGGAUUACACUACAAAACUUUGGAUAUGGCUUCUGGUGAUUUAGGUGCCCCUGCUUACCGCAAAUAUGAUAUUGAGGCGUGGAUGCCUGGUUUAGAACGGUUUGGUGAGAUAUCGAGCGCAUCAAAUUGUACUGACUACCAAAGCCGGCGUCUUGGGAUCCGCUAUCGCCCUUCAGAACCAUCUGGGGCAACUCCUAAAAAGGGCAAAAGUAACCUUGCUCCACCACAGUUUGUUCACACCUUAAAUGCAACAGCAUGUGCAGUACCGCGAAUGAUUGUUUGUCUGCUUGAGAAUUACCAGCAAGAAAAUGGCUGUGUCAUUAUCCCUGAGCCACUGAGGCCCUUCAUGGGGGGACUUGAGCUUAUCGCUCCCAAAUCCAGAUAAGGUGGCAGAUAUUAUUGUACUUAUUUUUCUGAGAAUUUGAGAGUUGCGGUAUCUUUAUUUUGGUACACAUUACUAUGAAUUUAAUGGAGAAAAAAGAAAAACAAGUAAAUUAUAAAAUUCAGAAAGAUAGUGAAAACUCGCUCUCUUUUUUCCUUCUGUCCUUUUUGAGGGCUUUUUGCCUCAACAAGAAGCCCCGGUAAUGUAAUCUUUUAAAUAUCGUCGACUAAUUGGAUUGCAAUGAUUCAAACUGCAAAUGAUAAUAACACCACAAGCAUUUUUGUUAUGUUCUGAAGUAAAUAAGCCGAGCCUGCUGUUUUGAUGAUGACAAGCAAUUGAUCGAUGGAUGCACAAACAGUUGAUGACGGGGAUUUUUCUUUUCUUUAAAGUAAACUUGCUUGAAGAAUUUGUAAUUCAACUUUAUAUCAUAUCGACUGCACAACUGAUUAACAGUAAGUGCCAAUGGUAUGUUUUUCAUAGCUAGUAUGGCCUUCUCAUCUCAGAGUUUAGAUAGAUUUUCAAUAGCAAAAGUUGACACUUGUAGCUCUUCAAAAAAAAAAAAAAAAAAAAAAAAAAA